AACGGUUUGGAACAGAUCGAAUCCUGAAAUAUGCAUCGUUCAACGGUUGUCGGGACGCAAGAAGAAACGGACGUACCAUGCCCGGCAGCAGUAAUAGACAUCGCGCUCAGGCAGUGGGCCUGACAUGCGCACGGCGGAGCCGAGGACCUUCCCGAUGCGUCCGUCCUCAAUCACCCGCUUCAGCUCGUGCGUCAGCGGGCCGACGCGACCUUGCAGCGCAAUCAUCGUCCGCCCUCCAGCGCGCUUUGCUGCAUCCGCCAACUCUCUCGCGCGUCCCGCAUUCUCUGCCAGCGGCCACUCAACGAACACGUCCUUUCCGGCUUUGACAGACGGGAACACGGUCUCAAAGUGCUUGUCGACGCGCGUGCAGCAGACGACAAGCUGAACGACCGGGUCGGCGGCGACUUCCUCGGGCGAAGCGUAGGCACGUGUCUCAGCGGGCAGAUUGAAGUUCUUGAUCGCGGCGAGGGUGGAUUCUGUGGACGAGUUGAGCAGUCCGAUGAUGGUGUAGCGGGAUCGUCCGUGGGCGGAAAGGAGGUAUGGGAUGUGUGCAGAGGAGGCCCAGGAUGUGGCCGCGUUGGCAGAUAAUCCGAUGAGAACAGUGCGAAUGGGGGACAUCUUGUGCGAACUUCAGAUGUCGACAUCCGAGGAUGUACCAGGUUUACUAUUGUUCGCAAUUGACAGGUGUUUCUGCACCAUAGAGGUGUUUUCGGUCUGUAGAGCCGGCCAAUGCAUGUAUUGCCUUCGGUUU